AUGGGAUUCUCGGUCAAUCCGGAAAAAUACAAGGGUCUUAUCAAGGGUUUGAAAAUUAUUGUUGCCGAAGAGGGCAGUCGUGCUGUUUGGAAAGGCUGGUUACCAACUUUUUUCGGUUAUUCAGCUCAAGGUGCUUUCAAAUAUGGUCUCUAUGAAGUAUUCAAAGAUCAAUAUGCAAACAUGGUCGGUAAGGACAAUUAUGAUAAAUACAAGGGUCUCGUUUGGUGUGCAGCUUCUGCCUCGGCUGAAUUCUUUGCCGAUAUGGCUUUAUGUCCACUGGAGAUGGUCAAGGUCAAAGUACAAACAGCACCCCACGGAACAUUUCCGGUUGCAUUUGGUCCGGCAUGGUCACAAAUGAAUGCCAAACGAGCGGAUACCGGUUUUCCAUACCGAUCGCUUGUACCAUUGUGGUCACGACAAAUUCCAUAUACCGUGGCCAAAUUCUACUUCUUCGAGAAGGUCGUACAAUUGUUCUACACGCACGUGUUUACCCAGCCGAAGGACACCUAUUCGAAAACUACUCAACUCGGCGUUACAUUUGCUUCGGGUUAUACUGCCGGUGUGAUCUGCGCCAUUGUCUCACACCCGGCCGAUUCGGUAGUUUCUCUUCUUGGCAAACCUGCCAAUAAAGGCAAGAGCCUAGGACAAAUUAUCACUGAUCAAAACAGGGCAGGAAACGGGCCGGUUGGCCCGGCCCGGUCUGAAAUUUUGCGGGCGGGUGGUCUCGGUCCAGGCUAUUCUUGGGCUCGGCCGGGCUGA